CAAUUAUUUAAGACGUUAGUUAAGUAACCGCGUAUAAUACAAACUAAGCCGCCAAUUUUGCCCAUUUAUCGAUCGGAUUUGACAGUGGACUAGUGUCGGGUGAGAGUGAGGAAAACUAACACAAAAUGAAAGAUUUAGUUACGGUGUGCAAUCGGUUAGUGAGCUGGAGUUAUAGUCCUGUGAGGACAAGACGGCCGGAGGAUGCUCCGGAGGUUGAAUCGCCCUUCAGGAUAUUUUGCGAUCGGUACAAAACUCCGCUCCUGAUCGCCUUUCUGGGUCUGCUCGCAGUUUUCAGCGGCCUUUUCGUCGUUUUCGUCCGUCCCUACGACUACCUCUUCAAAUGGAAAUGCGUGUUCAGCGAAGGGGGCGAGAUUUUCGAAUUGUGGAAGAGCCCCCCGGUGGACCUCUACCUUCGCGUCUACCUCUGGAACGUCACCAACAAGGACGAGUUCCUCAGCGGCAAAGACGACAAAUUAAAGGUGCAGGAAGUGGGCCCUUACGUCUACAAGGAAAUGUUUAUGCACGAUAACGUGACAUUUAACGACAACGGCACCCUGACUGCCGUCCCCCGCCACCCCCUCAUCUGGGUGCCGGAGCUGAGCGAAGGCCGCAAAGAGGACGACCUCCUGAUCCUGCCCAAUAUCGCCCUUUUGAGUAUUGCCCACGUGGUCUCCGAUGAAUCCUACUUUACUAGAGUCGGCCUUAAUCUGCUCAUACGACAGACCAAGACUGAGCCCUUGAUCCAAAUGACAGCCAGGGAGUUCAUGUUCGGGUACAAAAGCACCUUAAUGACGCUGGGCAACAAGUUCAUGCCCAGCUGGAUCUACUUCGACAAACUGGGACUCAUCGAUCGAAUGUAUGACUUCGACGGUGACUUUGAGACCGUUUACACGGGCGAAAAUGACGUCAGUAAGACCGGCCUACUUGACACCUACCGGGGAUCCACCAAAAUCCCACAAUGGGAGAGCCCAUGCGGUGACAUCAAGGGUGCCUCUGAUGGUACAAAAUUCCCCGGUUUUAUCAAACCCAACGAUACUCUCCUUUUCUUCCGGAAGAGCAUGUGCAGAGCUAAAACCCUAGUUAGGGUUAAUAGCACAGUGGUAGAUGGGCUAAAUGCCUACGUUUACAAUUUCCAAGAAGAUGCGGAUGAUAAUGGGGCUAAUAAUCCUGAUAACAAGUGUUUCUGCAAGGACCAGAACAAGUGUCUACCGCCGGGGCUUUUGGACGUGCAUGGGUGCUACUAUGGGUUCCCUAUUGCCCUCAGUUACCCACAUUUCCUGGGUGGGGACCCGAUUUUGAACGCUAAGGUUAUUGGGAGUAACCCAGAUCCCGAAAAACACAAAACCUACUUUGCCAUACAACCGGAUUCAGGCUUGCCAGUCGAUCUUGCCGUCCGUUACCAAAUCAACAUGGCGCUCGGAAGCAUCAAAACCAUCGCCAACGUUGAUAAAUUUGCCGAUAUGAUCUUGCCGCUCCUCUGGACCGAAAUUAGACUUUACACUUUACCGGAAGUGCUCGCGGCCCGUUUCCGCCUCUACCUCAACGUCUUGCCAUUGGUUGAGAACGGGAUCAUGUAUUUCUUCUUCGCCGUGGGUUCGUGCUUCCUCCUUGCCUCAAUUUACCGCUUCAUUGCCUCAAAAUCGAAGCGCAACGUGUACAACACGCACUGGAUUGAGGACGAUCUGGUCCUCAAUAUUGAGAAGAAACUGUCGAAUUACAAGCCGAAAAAGCGCGCCAGUAUGAACUCAAAAGAACUGGAAGUUUAUUUCUCUAGUCUUGUGGCGCCCUUGAACCAAGAACUCAACUGUAAUGAUUCCAAUGACGAGGACGUGUAGGGUUUUAGUGAACUGUUAGUUACUUUUUUAAUUGUGAUCGUUAUUUAUUUAUGUAGACUCGUGAGGUCCUUAGUGAAUUAUUUUUUUAAGAUUGGUACUGUUUCGUUCUAGAGACAUGUCAUUGUGAUAUCUAAUGUAGAUUAAUGGCACGCCGCUAUUUAUAAUUGCUCAAUAUUUAGAGUUAGGGAUUUUACAGAAAUCACCAUCAGUAUUUUUGUAUCUAUUUGUACAUAGUAUGAAAGUAAUAAAUCAAAUGGCAACAAA